AUCUUUUUUAUUUAUAGGAGCGGCAAAUGAGUAGUUCCAUAGCGCUCUUUCUUUUCCGCCAGAACCCGGAAGAGAGGCGUCCCCAAACGAGCCAUUACGGACCCAAGUUCAGCCCGGCCGAGCGUUGGUUGGCAUUUCUCUGCGCUUGACGGCGAUAGUCCAUACUGGUCCUUGGUGCAAUUAUUGGGGUACUUCAGAUAUUCAGUGUCCUAAGACCUCUAUAGUGAAUUGAUAAAGAAAUUCAGAGAGCUAUAAUGGGUUAUGCACAGCUGGUUAUUGGCCCUGCAGGCAGUGGCAAGUCAACAUACUGUUCUAGUUUGUAUCAACACUGUGAAACUAUGAGGCGAACAAUACAUAUUGUGAACUUAGAUCCAGCUGCAGAAAAUUUUGAUUAUCCCGUUGCAAUGGAUAUCAGAGAACUUAUCUCUCUGGACGAUGUGAUGGAGGAACUUGGAUUGGGUCCAAAUGGUGGCCUCAUUUAUUGCAUGGAGCACCUUGAAGAAAAUUUGGAUGAUUGGCUAACAGAGGAAUUGGAUAACUACUUGGAUGAUGAUUAUUUAGUUUUUGACUGUCCAGGCCAGAUAGAACUUUUUUCGCAUGUUCCUGUGCUUAAGAACUUUGUGGAGCAUUUGAAGCGUAAGAACUUCAAUGUUUGUGUUGUAUACUUGCUUGACUCUCAGUUCAUGACUGAUGUCACCAAGUUCAUCAGUGGCUGCAUGGCUUCACUUUCUGCCAUGGUUCAACUUGAACUUCCCCAUGUUAACAUACUGUCUAAAAUGGACCUUGUCACAAACAAAAGAGGCAUUGAAGAUUACUUGAAUCCAGAUCCUGAAGUUCUGCUGGCAGAGUUGAAUCAACGCAUGGCUCCUCAGUUUGAAAAGCUUAACAAAGCUUUGAUUGAAUUAGUGGAUCAGUAUAGCAUGGUAAGCUUUGUUCCUUUGGACUUGAGGAAGGAGAGCAGUAUACGGUAUGUAUUGUCACAAAUUGACAACAGCAUUCAGUAUGGAGAAGAUGCAGAUGUGAAGAUCAAGGAUUUUGAUCCAGAGGAUGAAUAGUUUUUUGGCAUCCUUUAGGCUGUUUGUCUUAAUAGGACUUGCAAUCAAGAUAUUAGUGAGACUUUAGGUGUCAUCAAUGUGACCUUUUGGAAGCGUGUAAUCUCUUGUAUGUGUAUAUUCGGUUGCUUCUCUUUUGGGUUCUCUUGCUCAUUUUUUGGGUAAA